GCCAUUAUGGGACCUAUCAAGCACAAAGCCCUAAUCAACGUUGAUCUGGGAGAGGGCUUUGGAAAUUGGACAAUCACUUCCGAUGAAGACUUGCUUCCAUUCAUUGACCAUGCCAAUAUUGCUUGCGGAUUCCAUGCUUCUGACCCCCUCAUCAUGAUGGAAACCGUUCGCAGCUGCAAGGAACACGGCGUGAAGAUUGGAGCACAUCCCGGCCUGCCAGAUCUCCAGGGCUUUGGCCGUCGUGAAAUGAAACUUUCACUGGAUGAACUUACUGCAAACACUGUUUACCAGAUUGGUGCACUCAAGGGGUUCUUAGACCGGGAGGAAGUCCCCCUUCACCACGUCAAGCCCCACGGGUCGCUCUAUGGGAUGUGCUGCAGAGACUAUGAGACUUCGAUGGCCGUAUUUAAGGCCAUCCCCAAGGGUGUCAAAGUGUUUGGGCUUCCUGGUACUUGUAUGGAACAAGCCGCCAAAGAUUUAGGACUCGAGUUCGUCGCGGAGUUUUAUGCGGAUGUCAAGUACAAUGCAGAUGCUUCUCUCUUGAUCGAGCGCAAAAAGAAGGCUUGGGAUCUUGCUGAGGUCGGAAGACGUGUCACACAGCAGAUGGAAACAUGUACUGCUUUUGCGAUCGAUGGAUCAACCUGUGACCUGCCCGUCAAGGAUCACCCUAUCUCUAUUUGUUGUCAUUCCGACGUUCCUGGGUGUCUGGAGUUGGUGAAGGAGACAAGAGGUGUUGUCGACACCUUUAACAAGGCUCACUUUCCUAACAACUAG